GUGGCCUUCUCGCCCGACUCGCAGCUCGUGGCCUCGGCCUCGCACGACCGCACGGUCCGGCUCUGGUCGGCGGCGACGGGCCAGUGUUUGCAGACAGUAGAAAAUGGUAUAAUCCCUUCCACCUUGUCUUUUGAUUCUAGAGGUUUUUAUCUCUAUAUGGAUUCUGGUGCUAUUUCUCUUCAAGGUCCACUAGAUCCUAUUAGAGCGACAGAAUCUAUAACUACUAGAUCUUCGGAAUCAUUUUCCAGUCAGAUCUUAGCUGAUAACGGUCAAGAUCGUCGCUCUGGCUACGGUAUAAGUAAGGACCGUUGCUGGAUAACUCUGCACGGAAAAAACUUGUUCUGGUUAACAGCAGAUUCUCGACCAGCUUCUUCAGCUGUGUCUGGUUCUACCGUAGUGAUUGGAUGCGUUUCUGGAAAAGUCAUUAUUUUGCGGUUUUGUGAGGAUAAACCAGCGCUCUGGAGCAG